AACACUGUACAUUAGCAUCAGAUGUACUUUUAGCCGAAACCACACUUUUUCAUCCUUUCCCUUUUUGGAAGUGGUAUUAUAUCAUAAUGUAUUUAGUGUUAUUUCCCAUAACUGUAGUUUCUUGCUAUUUCUGCACCUGGAAAGACAAACGUUGACGUUCUCAGGUGCAUGUCUUUGGAGGUGGGAGGAAGCCGGAGUACCCGGAGGGAACCCACGCAGUCACGGGGAAAACAUGCAAACUCCACACAGAAAGAUCCCGAGCCCGGGAUUGAACUCAGGACUACUCAGGACCUUCGUAUUGUGAGAGGGCAGCACAAUCUGUCCAUGAUGUGGAUGUUUGUCGCCUUCUCCCUGCUGGGCAUACAUCCAGGAGGAUGCGCAGACAUGUUCAACACAUCAGGCCUGCUACUUGAGUUAACUACUGUGGACUUUUAUGACAAACUGAAUGCAGGGAAGAUGGUCUUUAUCUAUUUUGAGAAUCAAGUGUCUCCAACCGUGUCUCUCUUCUUGGGGGAGCUGAACAAUUCUGCAGAGGUUCUGCAUGAUUAUGGGAUACUGGUGGGCAAGAUUAACUGCAAUAAGGAGCUGCUUCCCUCAUACUGCAUGAAAGAAAGGGUUCAACAUACUGCCUUUCUUUUUAGGGCUGGCAAGGAGCUCUCCAGUUUUGAUUUGGACACCGUGUUUGACGUCAACUCCAUUGUGUCUGAAGUCCUAUUUGCCAUUUUACGAGAUGAGGUCAAGUAUGUGCAUACAGACGCUGACCUCCUGGCCAUAGAGAAGUCAUCCAGAGGGAAGAAGGAUAUUGUGUUGUGUUAUGUCAGCAGUCUGGGGACACAAGAGCACAGAUCGGUAAUGGAGACAGCUUACGUGUACGGCUCCCAAUUCCAGUUCAUCCUCAUAACCGGGGGUCCGGUUUUGAAACACUUAGGUGUUUUUGGAGCGUCUACCUCGUCUCGAGUGUGGUUCCUUCACUGCAGGUCUUCCAACUCUGAGCGCUGCCCUUUGACCCCAAUGAGGACACCUUUGUCCACGCUCAGCCUCCACACCUUCCUGCAGCUCAUGGAGGCUCCACUUUUGUCUGAAGUCUACGAAGACCCUUCUACUGUUCCAGGCCCACAGUUCCCCUACCAGCUGACUCCCCAGGUCUUUCUCUUCUCAUACCCAGAAACAGAGCACUUGGACCAGGACAAGGCCAAGGCUCUGGCCUGGAGCCUAUGUGGUCUUGCUCGGGUUGUGCUUGUGCACAGGAAGAGCCCGGCGGUAAAAACACCUAGUCAAUAUAACGCCGCCUACAGACUGUCAGAGAAGGGCUCUGAGGUCAAGUAUUUAACGUUACGCAGCGUGGAUGAGCUGCUGGAGUUCUUCCUACAUGAUCAAGAAGAAGAACUGCCGGAUGAGGAGUUGGAAGGAGGAGAUAACAACAAUGAAGAUGUGUCUGAUGGGAAGUUAGAGGAUGAGAUUUCAUCGUCUGUGUAUGAGAACCGAGGCCACUUGGUGCACAUGGACUCAAUUACUCUGCUGACACCUGAGGACUUCCCUGCUGCACUAUCUCAAAGUGGCCUCAAGGUGGUGCUCUUUUACCUGAAAUGGGACGCUGCUUCAAUGGCCUUCCACACCUCCUUUCUACAAGUGGCUGAGAGACUUGCAGAUAGUGGCGUUGAAGGUGUUCACAUGAGCGCAGUGGAUUGUGGGGAAUGGACUGACCUCUGUGCAGCUCAGCCCGCAGCCUCUCUCCCGAUCUCAUUCCCGCCCAUCAGUGCCUUUCCAAGUGUGCUGCUGUUCCGCCCUCAGGAACCGAUCCAGGUGUACCGAGGAAUGCUGGGAUGCCAUGCGCUUCAUCGUUUCAUUUUGCUGAGCCUCGUGGUCUCUCCGCAAGCACUAUCUAUUCCACAGGAAAUAACAUCAUUCCUUCAUGAGGUGCCACAUCCUCAGCUAGCGGGCUACAACCCCGACAGAGUGCUGGGACUGUUCCAGACACACACACAUUCACGUGUAUCAGUGUUUAACAAAGCAGCAAAGUCGCUACAAGGCAGGGUGCUGAGUGCGCUGCUGACAGAUGGGCUGGCACAGGAAUGGGCUGCAGACCACUCUGUCCGCCUUCCUGCAGUUUUAUUAUUUCCAUCGUGGGGUCACUCCCGGCCCUCUGUAUUGUCCCUGUCCUCUUCUGUAGAUGACUUGCUGUCCGACAUUGACGCCGCAUUGCUAGAUCCUUUGCCUGAAGUGACAGUGGAAAACCUGCCAUCCUUCCUCAGCCUGGGCAAAGCUCUUCUUUUGCUGUUUGUUGGGGAAGAGGAGGACGAGAUCGGGCUGAAGCAGAACAAGGCACUGGUGGAGGAGAUGAAGAGAGUACAGGAUUUGGGAGGCGACAGGAUGGAGCGAUACGUGACGUGUUGGAUCCACCUUGGCCGUACCCCAGUUGGUAUGUCAGUCCUGGGCUCCUAUCUGGACUCGAUGCCGCCCCUCCCGGCACUGCUUCUCGUUCAUUUGCCCACCGAACAAGGAGUUUACCAGUACCCACCCUACACCUCCAUCGUGGCCCAGUCAGUCCUGGAGUGGCUGCAUAGGGUGGAGGAAGCGCAAGAGUCUCCUGCAGGAAUGUUAAACAACGAUGACUGGCCCCCCACCGUGGACUUCUAUGACUUCCUCAAAGUUAUGGAUGAGGAGGAGCCCGGCUUUGCCAGCCAACGCAGUGCUGAAGACGAGGAUGAAGAAGAGAAUGUGAAUGCGGCCGAGUCAGGCUUGGAGGAAGAAACAUCAAUGGAUCCUUCGUUCCACAUGGAUCGCUCAGAGUUAUAACAAAGAAUAUUUUCUUUCUUCAACUGAAACCCGCUCAAUCACCUGUGAUUGACAGGCCAUCCAACCUGGUCCUGGAUUGACUUGACAUUUCAUACUGGUUUUGCCACUGUUACCUAUUUUUAUACUGCUGAAAAUAACUGAUAGUAACGUUGGACCCCGGGUGUAGAGACAGAAGUACGGUAAUGUAUUUUCAUGACUGGCUUACAAAGUGCAAUAGUCCAAAAAACAAACGAUAUAAACAUACAACAGCAACUCUUCUCAGCAGACGAGUCAGACGACAAACUAAAGGCGACGAUAAAAAGAAAAACAAAGGCUGGCAAGAAGACGAUGAAAAAGUGGAGUGCAAAAUUAGUAGAGAAACAGGAAUACGAAUAUUAAACUGUGAUAACAGAUACUGGAGGCGUACAUAGAAGGGAGACCCCACACUCAGUUCUUGUCAUGGAACCAAGUACCAUGGAAAAUGAAGAGGAACAAUCAGGCAUUUUCCUGCCGCAGCCUCUGUGCUUACGAACACCACUAAUUAGAAAGCAGCUGCAGGUGAAGUAAAAAAAAAAAAAAAAGUUUCUCUCAAAAUCGUCAAGCUGAAAAAAUAUCUAAUCUAACCUCAUGUAACAACGACAUGGACCAUAAAGGCUGUGAUUGAUGUUUGUGAUAUAUAACAUGUGUUUGUUGUACACUGGGUAGGUAAAAACUGUACAUUCACUUUCAUCCAAUCAAAAUUGAAAUGUGAAUUUAGACAUGAAAUGUCCUUCAGGAAUCUGCUGUGUCAGUGCAAAAAGCCAAGAAAUUAUAAAAACAUGGGUUUAUAACCUGUGCAAAACAUGCUAAUGAAAUAAUAUAAAGCAAUGUUGUAGCAUUUUGAGAAGAAGGUGUACAGAACAAUGGCAUUUUUAUACACCUAGAAAAAAACAUUUACUUGUGUAAAUUAACUUUUUAUGUUAAAAAGUUCUGAAAAUAAGAUAUUUCCAACAUGUGUAAACGUGUCAGUGAUGUUUGACACUAAAUAAGGAAUUUUGUCACAAAUGAUUCGUGUGGAACAUUGAUAUUUUGAAUAAUAAACGUAUG